AUGGGAAUACGUUUAAGGUAAGACAAUUUUCGUCACGUCCUAAAAAACACCUCGUGAGAUGUUUUGCAGGUGCUUCAACUUCUAUUUUCGUGUGACGGGCGAAAAAGCGGAGCAAUUGCUCAACGAAUACGGUGACGACGGCGACUUUUUGGCGCGAUACAGCGAAUCGUCGCCGUCGAACUUUUCGUUGACAAUUCGUAUUUCGAAUCGCUUGAUACAUAUCAAAAUACAAAAAAAUCAGGAUAGUGUUAGCAUUUUUGAUGGUACGAGUCAGGGAACUAUUCAAUUUUCGUCGAUUGUUGAGUUGUUGGAGUUUUAUAUUGAGAAUCCGACCAAAUUGCAGGAGAAGAGCGGUGGAUUUGUGCAAUUGAGGUGUGCAGAUUUUAAAGGAACAUGAAAAAUAGGUGGAGGGGUCUCAAAACGAUCCUGGCACAGUUUUCUUCACCACGAUAAAAUUUUGACCAGGAAAUUGAUAUAAAUGAUGAUUUUUCUGCAAAUUUCGUAAUUUUUGAUGACGAAUUACGUAAAUCCGAAAAGUCAUCUUGAAGCCUUUGGAAAUUCUAUAGAAAAUGAUAUCUAGAAACCUUAUGAAAAUGAUAAAUCGAAAGUCUAGAAAUGAAAAUCAAUUUUGGACACGUUUUACGUGAAAAAAACCAACGCAAAAGAUUCAUUUCAAAAUUUAAAAAUUCGGGGAAAUGGUUGAAGUGAGUUUUAUGGCCUACAAUUUGACAUCUUGGUUUCUAGGUCAUUUUCGAGCCUAGGCACUUUGAUCUAAAACGGCCUAAAAAUCUAAAAUUGGGUUUCUAGGCCAUUUUUGAGCAGUUCCUAGUGGUCUUUGAAUUCUAGAUCUGACAAGGGAAGUGCAUAAGGUUAGGUUAUGAAAUUUUGAUGAAACAUAUCGAAAUAUACCAAAUCAACUAUGCUGAUCACGAAUCCGAAGUCAAACAUUGCCACAAACUUCUGUGAGCACUUUUCUGGAGCUCCAAAGUUGGAAUUGAGUUCUGGUUUUUGUCCAUUUUCACCAAGUUGAUUUUUUACCCGGGAAAACGGGGAAAAUGGACAAAACCCAGAACUCAAUUUCAAGUUUGGAGCUCCAGAAAAGUGCUCACAGGCAUUUGUGACAAUUUUUGUUUUCGGAAUCGUGAACAGCAUGGUUGAUUUGGUAUAUUCCGAUAUGUUUCAUCGAAAUUUCAUAACCUGACCUUAUGCACUACCCUUGUCAGAUUUAGAAUUCAGAGGCCACUAUGAACUGCUAAAAAAUGGCCUAGAAACCCAAAUUUAGAUUUCUAGACCGUUUUAGACACUGUUUUCAGUUCAAAGUUCCCUAGGAAGCGCUCAAAAAUGGCCUAGAACUCCAAAUUUGAAUUUCUAGGCCAUGUGUUUCAUCAAAAUUUCAUAACCUAAUCUCAUGCACUUCCCUUGUCACACUAGUCAUUUUCAAAGCCUCAGCUCCCCUCAAAAUCUAUAUUUUCUUGCAGAAAACCAGUGUACAUUCCAUUCGAAAUCGAAGAAUGUGCCAAAGAGCAACGUCUCGUCCAAAUGAAUCGCUGGUUUCAUUGCAACAUCACCGCCACCGAAGCCAUCUCAUUUUUGGAGCGCGAAAAACCGGGCGCAUAUUUGGUGCGCUUCAGUCAACAUUGUCCAGGAAGUCUGGUGAUUUCGGCGAAGACCGAGACAAGCGUCGUUCAUCUAUCAAUUCAUCAGGCUGUUGACACGGGAAGAUAUACAAUUGAUGGAGAUCGAACUGAAUAUUGUGAUAUUCGACAAUUGAUUGCCACUUAUCAUAAGAAUCCGAUUGUUGAGAAGGCGAGCAGCAGUCGAGUUGUUUAUUUGCAAUAUGUGAGGAAUUUUGGGGAGCUCGCGGGAAAAUUUGUGAUUUUUUGACACCCCACAAGCCUAGGCCAUUAGGAUUUUCUAAAAAUAUUGGGUUUUCAAACUUUAAUUUUGUAGAAAUUCGCAAUUUUCACGGCCACGUGGAUUUCCAGCCUAAUUUUCAGUUUUCUCUAGAAAAUCCUGGUUUUUUGAACCCCGCAAGUCUAAUUGCCACGUGAAUUUCCAGCUAUAUUCUGAAUCUUGAAUUUUUCAAAAAAUUCGUGAUUUUUUGACACCCCACAAGCCUAGGCUUUUUGGAUUUUCAGCUAAAUUAUGAUAUUUUCUUAAAAUAUUGGGUUUUCAAAUGACUAUUUGUAGAAAUUCGCAAUUUCCCGUCUAAUUUCGAGUUUUCUCUAGAAAACCCUGGUUUUUGGAAUCCCACAAGUCUAACUAAAUGUGGUUGCCACGUGGAAUUCCAGUUAUAUUCUGAAUCUUGAAUUUUUUACGUGUAUUUUUGAAUUUUUCAAGAAAUUUGUGAUUUUUUGACACCUCACAAGCCUAGGAUUUUUUUCCACGUGGAUUUUCAGCUAAAUCAUGAUAUUUUCUCUAGAAAAUCUUGGGUUUUCAGAUUUUAAUUUUGUAGAAAUUCGCAAUUUUCAGCUCGGACUUACUGCCACGUGGAUUUUAAGCCUAAAAUCCCUAAGCUACGCGGAAAAGAAAUUAUUACUGAUAAGUUUCCUUCAGAAGUUAUAUGAUUUUUUAUGAAACAGUGAAGUUUUUCUCAUGGAAAUAGUUUUCAAAAUCCAGAUUUUUAAGCGUUUUUUUUGCCAAGUCCAUACUAGAAUUCUGCGAAAUGUUCAUAUUGCGAAUUCAAAAAUAUAUAGCACAUUUUUGAAACAGUAAAUUUUUGAUGUAUUGGAACGUCAAACACUGGAAAAUUAUUUUUUUUUCAAAUAUAUGCAAAAAUUUUGAAACAGUGAAAUGUUUUCGCACAGAAACUUCCCAUAUUUCAGCCCAUCACAAACUCUUCAACCUUCAUCCCAGCCGACAUUAUCAGUGAUCGUCUUGAACUUCUCAAACAAAGUUUGGAGCCAGGAAAGAGCAAGACCGGAAUAACUGAAGAAUUUGAGAGAUUGCAAGCCGAACAAGGACCAGCUGAACAAUUGUUUUCCAAAAGAGCGGGAAGACGAGAAAUAAAUGUGGAUAAGAAUAGAUAUAAAAAUAUUGUUCCGUUUGAUCAUACUAGAGUUGUAUUGAAGGAUAAGGCUGGAAUUGCUGGAUCGGAUUAUAUUAAUGCGAGUUAUGUUAAGGUUAGAUUUGGGAAAUGUGGGAAAAUUAAUAUUUUUGAUGUUGAAAUCAUGAAAAUUGAAUUGGUUUUGAAAACAUUAUAUUGUUCAGAGUUAUCUAUUUUUGAAAUUGAAAAAUAUUGGAAACAGUGAUUUUUUAAUUUUUUUUUUGAAAAUGUGAAAACUUUACCCAAAAGUCCCUGAAAAAUCAUUUUUCCAACAUAAAAAAUGCACUGUUUCAAGAUUUUUGGAUAAUUUUUGGGUAGGGAAAGUCAAAUUAUUGAAUAUUCCUUGUGUACAAUUUGAAAAAAAAUCUGAAAAUUGUAUAAAUAGAAAAUUUAAUGUUUUUUGAGCUAGAAAUCAUGAAAAUUGAAUUGAUUUUUAAAUCGAAAAUAAUUAUAAUAUCAUUGUUCAGAGUUAGGUAUUUUUGAAAUCGAAGAAUAUUUGAAACAGUGAUUUUUUUCCUAAAUUUUCAAAAAACAAUUUUUACUUUUUUUUUUGAAAAUCUGAAGUUCACCCAAAAGUCCAUGAAAACCAACUUUUUCAAGCAUAAAAAAUUCACUGUUUCAAGAUUUUCGGAUAAUUUUUAGGUAGGGAAAUUCAAAUGAUAGUGAAUUAUUGAAUUCUCCACAUCAAACUUGAAAAAAAAAUCUGAAAAUAGUUUAGUUUUGGAAAACACAAAUUGCAAUGGGAAAAAUGAUGUUUUUUGAGCUAGAAAUCAGAUUUUUGAGGUAAAACUUGAAAUUAAUUUUUUGAAACACUGAUUUUUCAAUUUAUUUUUGUGAAAUAAUGUUUCAUUUCAAAAUUUUCAUUGAUUUUUGCUUUAUUUAUUUUUUACAAAAUUGUUCACCAUUUCCGUAUGCUGAUUGUUAAAUUUCGGAUGUUUCUAAUAUUGGAGAAUAUUUAAAACAGUUAAUGUUAAAUAUUUUUGAAAAUAUGAUUUUGACCCAAAUCCUUUAAGUCCAUGAAAAAUUACUUUUUUUUCAAGCAUAAAAAAUCCACUGUUUCAAGAUUUUUGGAUAAUUUUUGGGUAGAGUAAUUCAAAUGAUCGAAAAUUCAAUAAUGAUAUUUGAAAAAAAUCUGAAAAUUGUUUGAAUAGAGAAAAUACAAUGUUUUUUUAAGCUAGAAAGGGUAAUAAUUGAAAUAAAAUUUUUUGAAACAGUGUUUUUUCAAUUUAUUUUUGUAAAAUAAUGUUCCAUUUCAAAAUUUUUGUUGAUUUUUGCUUAUUUAUUUUUUACAAAAUUGUUCACCAUUACCGUAUGAGGAUUGUUAAAUUUCGGAUUUUUUAAUAUAGGAGAAUAUUUGAAACAGUUAAUUUUUAACAUUUUUGAAAAUCUGAAAAUUUAACCCAAAAGUCCAUAAAACACCACUUUUUCAAUCGUAAAAAAUUCACUGUUUCAAUAUUUUCAUAUAACUUUUUGCGAGAAAAUUUCAAAUGAUUGACCAAAAUAUUUUUCUUGAAAAUUUGAAAUUUUGAGCGAAAUCCUUCAAGACCAUGAAAAACCAUUUUUCCAACACAAAAAAAUUCACUGUUUCAAUAUUUGCACAUAAUUUUUGGCUAGAAAUAUUUAAAUUAUUCAUAAAGCUAAAUUUCAUUCUAAAAUUUGAAAAAUCAUAAUUUUCGCUGGAAAAAAAUGCCUAAAAAUCCCCAAAAAAUUUUGCAGUUCGAUCAACCCAACCCAGCGCUAUCUCUAGUCCCAGUUCGCAACUACAUCGCCACUCAAGGCUGCCUCGAAUCCACAAUUCCCGAUUUCUGGCGAAUGAUUUGGCAAGAAGACUCGCGUGUCAUAGUUAUGCCAACUCGUGAAAAUGAGCGACGCGAAAAAUGCUCGCGAUAUUGGCCGGAAUUGAAUGAUACAGUAGUGCACUCGGAAAUUAGUAUAACUACGACAGAAGAGAAAAAAGUGAGAAAACAAUUGCCGGAUGAGCUGAAAAAUGAGCAGCAGAUUCAUGAUGAUGAUGAUGAGGUAUCGUAUAUUGUUCGAACUUUUAAUAUCAAGAAAUUGGGAUCGCCGGCGUCGAGAAUUGUCAGACAUUUGCAAUAUGUUUGUUGGCCUGAUCAUGGUUGUCCAUAUCAUCCGCAUGAAGUAAUAUCGUUUUUAGGUGAGAUUUUGGGACAAUUCUAGUGGGAAAUUGUGAAAAAUGCACUUUUUCCAGAUAAAAAUCGAAAAACCAUCUAUUUUUGAUCAAUUUUUACUGAAAACCUGGGAAUUCUGAUAAUUAUACAUUAAACAUGACCUAGAAAGCUUUAAAAAUCACAAAAAAUUUGUAAAACAUCAAACUUUCCAUUUGCGAAAAAUCUACUGUUUCAGGAAUUUUAUAUCAUUUUUUUUAUUUUAGGAUUUGUUACUGUAUUUUUAAAAAUCACAAAAAUGACUAUUUCUUGGAAAAACAUUGAACACAAUAAAACUACAGCCUUUUUUGUUGAAAAAUACAAUACAAUAUUUUGAAACGUAAUUUUUACAGGAAAUUCUGAAGUUUAGCGUUUUUAUGAUGUCCGGAUAUUUUUUGAUAAUUUUUCAAUUCAAAAUAGAGAAUACCUAGAAAAUCAACUGUUUCAAAAUUAUUGUAUGUUUUUUAAUUGGAAAAUUAAUGUAAUCUGAGAAUUUUUUUGAUCAAAUCUCGAGCAAAAACCUAAAAUAUCAGCUAAAUCUAUGUUUGCAGAAACCGUCGACGCCACUCACAAACAAUUCGAAACGGCCGAAGUUCAACAAGGUCCAGUCGUAGUUCAUUGCUCGGCUGGAAUUGGUCGAACUGGUACAUUUAUGCUUCUCGAUGUUCUCCUAACUCAAAUCAAAAUCCGCGGUCGCGGUUGUCCGAUUGAUGUUUGGAAAACGGCAAAACAUGCGCGGAAUUUUCGCGGAGGAUUGGUGCAAACCGAACAACAAUAUCAAUUUUUGUACACGGCGUUGGCUUAUUAUGUGAAGAAGACUAAUAAGGUGGGAAGUUUGAAAGUUUGAAAAAAAAAGAAUUUUUCACCCAAAAAAAUUCACUGUUUCGGAAUUUUUAUAUAAUUUUUUGGCGAGAAAGUGUUUUUAGUUGAGCUGCCAAACUCACAAAAUUAUAGAAAUUUUAUUUGAAACUUCUUGGAAUUUUUAUAAAUUCUAUAAAAAUUUGGUUUAUCGUGAAAAUUGACAUGAAACUGAUUUAGGAAUCAGAAAAUUGACCUAUUUUUUAUCUGAAAAAAUUCACUGUUUCGGAAUUUUUAUAUAAUUUUUUUGUUUGGAAUAUUUUUUGUUCCCAACGAAAAAGUACUUACUUAUUUGAAACAACUUAUUUUCAGUGAAAAUUUGACCUAGAAAUCAUGAAUUGAAUUUUUCACUCCAAAAUAUUCUGCUUCAAAUCAAAUUUUCAGCUGAAAAAAUUAAAAAAUUUUCAAAAAUUAGCUACUAGAAGAUAUGAAAAUAAUCAUCGAAAAAACAGAAUUUUCACCCAAAAAGGUUCACUGUUUCGGAAUUUUCAUAUAUUUUUUGGCGAGAAAAUGUUUUUAGUUCUGCUCAUUUCAUCAACCUUAUUUGAAACUUCUUGGAAAUUCAUAUAAGUUCUAUAAAAUUUUGGUUUUUCGUGCAAAUUGAAAUAAAACUGAUCUAGAAAUAAGCAAAAUAGUCCCAUUUUUUAUCCGAAAAAAUUCACUGUUUCGGAAUUUUUAUAUAAUUUUUUGUUUGGAACAUAGAAUAUUUUAACCAAAAAGUUGAAAAUUCAUAGAUUUUACGAAAAAUCUAGUGAAAAUUUGACCUGUUUCAAAUGUCUAAAAGAUAUGAAAAUAAUCAUCAAAAAAUCAGAAUUUUCACCCAAAAAAAUUCACUGUUUCGGAAUUUUUAUAUAAUUUUUUGGCUAGAAAUUUUUUUAGUAGGGCUGUUAAACUGAUAAAAUUAUAGAAAUCUUAUUUGAAACUUCUUGGAACUCUCAUAAAUUCUAUGAAAGUUUGGUUUUUCGUGAAAAUUGACAUGAAACUGAUUUAGAAAUCAGAAAAUUGACCUAUUUUUUAUCUGAAAAAAUUCACUGUUUCGGAAUUUUUAUAUAAUUUUUUUGUUUGAAAAAUGUUUUAUUCUGAGUCCAACUACUUAUUUUCUGUGAAAAAAUAAUCAUCGGAAAAACAGAAUUUUCACCCAAAAAAAUUCACUGAAUUUUCAUAUAUUUUUUGGCGAGAAAGUGUUUUUAGUUUUCCUGCUGUUAUCAUGUAUUUAUAGAAAUUUUAUUUGAAACUUCUUGGAACUCUCAUAAAUUCUAUGAAAGUUUGGUUUUUCGUGAAAAUUGAAAUGAAACUGAUCUAGAUAGAAGUCAGCAAAUUGACCUAUUUUUUAUCUGAAAAAAUUCACUGUUUCGAAAUUUUCAUAUAAUUUUUUUGUUUGGAACAAAUAAUACAUUAUUUUAACCAAAAAGUUGAAAACUCAUAGAUUUUACGAAAAAAUCUAGUUUUUCCGUGAAAAUUUGACCUGUUUCAAAUGUCUAAAAGCUAUGAAAAAAAUCAUCGAAAAAAACAGAGUUUUCACCCAAAACAAUUCACUGUUUCGGAAUUUUCAUAUACAUUUUUUUGGUUAGAACCUUUUUUGAUAGUUUGGUUAUAUUGCAUCUAAAAAAUUUCACGAAGUUACAAAAUUCUUCAUAAUUUGCUGUUUCAAAAUUAAUUUUUUUCAUAACAUACACCGAAAAAAAUUACGUUUCAAAAAUUGUGUAUAAUUUUUGGAUAGAAAAAUCUUUGAUUUACGAUUUCUUCAUAGUUGAAAGAGAAUAAAUAUGAAAAAUAUGCCACGUGGCAAAAAAAAUACAUUUUUUUGCAGUGUCCCGAACAACGUCUUGUUAUCCGCGAACGCGGUGCCUCCUCCUCGGUUCUUCCGCUCACCACAACAUCGCCGUCGACUUCAAUGCGAGUUCCGGAUGUGGCACAGGCUUUUAUCGGGCCGUCCGGACAACAACCACCAUCAACUAGUCCACUUCCGCCAAGGUCUAGAUCACGUAACGCGUCAAUUCCGCGGCCGUCGAAAAAAUAG